AUGGCUAACUACGGUUCACCUUAUGGCAGUGGCGCCGGCCAGCCGUAUCAAGACCCUAGAUUUCACGAUCCCAGGGCGCAGCAGCCCUCUCCUAGUUUCCCUCCCUCGGUCAGUCCACAGCCAGGUCACCAACAACAGUACGGUGUGCCCGCUUCGCAACAGCAGCCAUACGCUGGGCAGUUUGGGGGACAGGCUUUGCAACAGCAAGACAGCGUCAAUAGUCUCGCCGGCCAGUUUGGUGGCUUGGAUGUGUCUGGCGUGCCUGCACGAUCUCAUAGGAAGAAAGAAAGACACGCAUAUCAUGAGAUCGCGCCGGCACCAGGUGCUCCUGGUCCGCCAGGGAUUCCUCAAGCCGAAGCGUUUGGAGGCCCCCAAUUCCAAAGCAAUGGGCAAGCUGCUUUUGGUUCUGUCCCCGGCCAGCCUGGCCCGACAGCCAUGAAUCCGGGGGACAAGCUGCGCAUGGGAGAGGAAGCUGUUACCACGCAAGGUCGUGUCGACCCAGAACAAAUCCCAAGCGUGGCACGAUCCCGAGAUCUGGCGGGGCAAUUCUAUCAGACAAAUGUGUUUCCCACGAUGGAAAAGCAUCUCCCACCUCCUGCGGCAGUGCCCUUCACGGCGCAUGAUCAAGGCAACUCAUCACCGAAGUUCGCUCGGCUGACUGUCAAUAACAUUCCCUCAUCAGCCGAAGCUUUGGCAUCGACGGGUCUGCCGCUUGGACUUGUCCUGCAACCCUUCGCCUCCAUACAGGAUGGAGAACAACCAGUUCCUGUUCUAGACUUUGGCGAAACUGGUCCUCCACGGUGUCGCCGAUGCAGAACAUAUGUCAACCCUUUCAUGACAUUCCGAUCUGGCGGUAGUAAGAUGGUCUGCAAUAUGUGCAACUUUCCGAACGAUGUGCCUCCGGAAUAUUUUGCCCCGACAGACGUUGCUGGCGUCAGAGUUGAUCGUAUGCAACGACCCGAGCUUAUGAUGGGCACUGUGGAGUAUCUAGUGCCUAAAGAAUAUUAUACAAAGGAGCCUGAACCAUUGCGAUGGCUGUUCAUGAUCGACAUUACGCAGGAGGCUAUUAACAAAGGAUUUCUGGGCUCGGUAUGCCAGGGUAUUCUGGAUGCGCUCUAUGGUCAUGAAAGAGAAGACUCGACGGAAGAAGAUGCGACGCCCCAAAGCCUUCCGGUAGGCACCAAGAUCGGCAUAGUAACAUAUGACAAAGAGAUUCAGUUCUACAACCUGUCAGCUGGUCUAGCGACUGCUCAGAUGAUGGUGAUGACAGAUCUUGAAGACCCAUUUGUUCCCCUUUCUGAGGGAAUGUUCGUUGAUCCCCAGGAAUCGAAAGAGGUCAUCACCGCUCUACUCCAAUCAAUACCUAACAUGUUUUCGACGAUUAAAAACCCGGAGCCUGCCUUGUUACCUGCUUUGAAUGCGGCGUUGGCAUCUCUGACUUCGACGGGAGGAAAAGUCGUCUGCUCCCUGUCGGCACUGCCCACAUGGGGACCAGGAAGCUUACAUUUGCGCGAUGAUGGUAAAGGUCGAGAUACCGACGCUGAGAGGAAGUUGUUUACGACAGAACACCCAGGCUGGAAAAAGACCGCUAGCGCCAUGGUGACUGCCGGCAUUGGGGUUGAUUUCUUCCUGGCCGCACCAGGGGGCGGUUACAUGGACGUCGCUACCGUCGGCCACUUGUCACGCUUGACAGGGGGAGAGAUGUUCUUUUAUCCCAACUUCGUCGCACCGAGAGACAACCUCAAGCUUCAGACUGAGAUCAAACAUUCAGUGCAUCGUGAGACAGGCUAUCAAGUCCUCAUGAAGGUCCGAUGUUCAAAUGGACUGCAAGUCUCAGCUUACCAUGGGUCAUUCUUGCAGCAUACCUUUGGGGCUGAUUUGGAAAUCGGUACCAUAGAUGCUGACAAGGCCAUUGGGGUUUUAUUCUCUUACGAUGGGAAGCUAGAUUCGAAGUUGGAUGCACAUUUUCAGGCUGCCCUCCUCUAUACUUCAGCCUCGGGUCAGAGAAGAGUUCGAUGUAUAAAUGUGGUUGCCGGCGUCAAUGACGGAGCCACGGAAACUAUGCGAACUGUCGAUCAGGACGCUGUGGUGAAUAUUCUCGCCAAAGAAGCGUCCACCAAGCUGUCCGAGAAAUCACUCAAAGAUAUUCGUGCCGGCAUAACAGAAAAAACAAUUGACAUUCUGGCUGGAUACCGCAAGAACUUCUCGGGCUCGCAUCCGCCAGGCCAGCUGGUCUUACCUGAACAUCUCAAAGAAUUCGCCAUGUACACGCUUGGCUUGAUCAAAAGCAGAGCUUUCAAAGGUGGAGUUGAGCCGACAGAUCGCCGUGUCCAUUCGGCACGGCUCAUGAGAUCUUCUGGGGUGACAGAGACGGCAUUGUAUCUUUACCCUCGCAUUUAUGCCCUCCACAAUCUGGCUCCAGAAGAUUGUUUUGCCAAUGCCGAGACCGGGCAACUAGUCGUUCCGCCAACAGUGCGAGCUUCAUUCGCACGCGUCGAGGAAGGUGGCGUGUAUUUGGUCGACAACGGCCAGAUCGUACUGAUUUGGCUCCAUGCGCAGGUGUCGCCCAACCUUCUGGAAGACCUUUUCGGCGAAGGGACGCGGAGUCUAGAGGCUCUCGACCCCAUGACCAACGAACUACCCGUGCUGGAGACUCACCUGAACGCACAGGUGCGCAACCUCCUCCAAUAUAUCUCGACGGUACGGGGCAGCAAGGCCGCAGCUUUCACUCUAGCUAGGCAGGGGCUCGAUGGUUCAGAGUUCGAGUACGCUCGCAUGCUGGUUGAGGACCGGAACAACGAAGCUCAGAGUUAUGUCGACUGGCUAGUGCAUGUACACCGCGCAAUUCAAAUGGAGUUGAGUGGCCAAAGGAAGAAAGAGGACACGGGGGACAAUGAGGGCAUCUUGAACAGCUUGGCCGGGUUGAAAGCCCCCUACUGGACAUGA